UCAGUGUUGAAAGUAAGUGUUUAGGUUCAGUGCUGCUGAGAGCCAGUUUUGAGAGUCAUUGUUGAGAGUCAGUGCUGUGAAUCAGUGCUGACUGCGCUACAGCAGGGGGCAGUGCGGCUCUUUGGAUCAGUGCGCGGGUCCGGCUUUGGCACUGCGGACUCUCCUCGUGCUUCUGGGAUACUGGAGGAUUUGCUGGCUCUACAAUGUCAUGGCGACCAUCGUAGAGCGUGUUUUUUCGCGGUUUAGUAACAGCCGAUCACUCUGGACCUCAGAUAUAGAGUGUGAACAGUGAAAGUCACAACACCACCCCCCAUUUCACAUAGACUAAAGAGAAGCUUUCCUCCAGGGUCAAGAGGUCAGGAGCUGCAAGAAUGGAAUGUGCCACAAACGCUAAUGUUGAGGGAAGUGAUCCAUCUGAAGCGACUUUGUGUGAAGAUAUUACUAUCAGAGAUGGUAGUGAGACGCCAAGGAAGAAAACGAAGAAGCAUAAAAAACACAAAAGUAAGAAGAAGCGCAAGAAGAGAAAGGGUGAAAAAGACAGCAGCUCUGAAUCUGGAGCAGAGUCAGAUGGAGAUUCUCAAACAAAAUUAAGUAUAAAAAAGGAAGGCCCAUCCAAUGUUGAGGGUCGCGAUGAAGAUAAGGAGUCCACAAAAAAUUCUGUUGCAGAACAUCAUGGUGAUGAAGAUGCCAAAGUAAAAAAAGCGAAGCGUCAUUCGGGGAAGAAGAAGAAGAAAAAGAAACGGAAAGAAGAAAAGCAGGAGAAAAACUCUCCUUCUCGUUCACGAUCAGCCAGUACAUCAGAGUCAGGGUCAGAGUCAGAGUCUGAAUCAAAAUUGGCGCAAGCAUUGAAAAUGGACUCGCCUAGCUUGGGCAGGAAGUCUCCUGUCGCUGCAGCAAAGCUCCAAAAUGACAGGUAUAAAGAAAAAAUAUCACAGGCAGAUGAAAUAAAAGGAGACGUGACUAGCAAAGCUGAAUAUUGUGAAGAAAAAUUAGAACAACCUGCAUGGAGGGAGGAGGAUGAGUCUUUUGAGGAUGCACAUGGCCAGGCUGCAAAUAGAGAAAAGUACAGCGAAAAGGACACAAAACCUGAGAAAAAUGGAGGUUUUAGCAAGGCUCACGAACUCCCUGAUAUUAUACCUAAACAGGAGAAUGUGCAUAAGGAGCAAGUAGGUCAAAAGGAAUCUAAUGGCAAUCAGAGAGGGAAGAUUGAUGCAGACAAGUCACCUUCUAGGUCAAGGUCUCGGUCACGUUCAGACAAUAAAGGGGCUAAAUUGAGCCACAGUCGAUCCAAAACGCCGAAGCGAUCAUCCGGUUUAAUGGCACGGCGAAAAGAUCGAUCAUUGUCGAGAGAAAGGUCUGUUUCCAGCUCAAGAAAGAAGCGAGGUUUGCAAAAUAGGCGCUCAAGGUCUCCAUCACAAAAAAGGUCUCGGUCAAGAUCAGUUAAGGGAACAAGACGCAAAUCAAGGUCCAUCUCUGUAAAGAGAAAGCGUCGCUCAGAGUCAAGAUCCCGUACAAGAACUAAAAGAUCCAGGACCAAGUCCCCGCGACGCAACCGGCGAACAAGAUCUAGAUCUGUUGGAAAGCCACGUCGGUCAAGGUCGAAAAGAUCAGUUUCUCGUCGAAAGGCCCGAGCCUCCAAAUCACGUUCUAGAUCUGUUCGGAGAGGGAGGCGCUCAAGGUCACGCUCCCGCAAAAGGACACCGGUAUCCCGGACGAGAAGAUCUCGUUCCAGGUCUGCAAGGAAAAUGAGGCGAACACGUUCACGGUCUCCUGUGGUUUCAAGGAGAUCGAGAUCAAGAAGAAGAAACAGGCGUUCUAGAUCAAGGUCCAUUCGUAAAAACAGAUCAAGGUCUAGAACCCCUAGACGACGAAGUAGAUCUCACUCUCCCUUGCGCUCGCGACACUCUAAAUCACCUGCUGUUCGACAAAGGAGGUCAAAAUCUCCACGUAGGACAAGGUCAAAGUCUCCAAAGCGCAGUAAGCAUUCAAAAUCACGAUCCAUCUCCCGGCAUUCAAAGACUAGCUCACCUAGGUUUAGAAAAGGAGCAAAGAAAACAAAAAAUAAACGGUCAAGAUCUGUUUCUCAGAGAGACACAUCUAGAUCUAGGUCUAAUUCAAGAGGAAGACUUUCUGCAGAUAGGAGUCAGUCACCAGCUAAGAGCAGGUCUAAAUCUCCUGCAGAAGAGAGAGAAUCUUCAGUGGAGCACCAUAACAAUUCUGAUGGUAAUAAAGGAAUAUCAGUACCCAAAAUACAUAAAGCUGACUGUGAGGAAGAUCAGUCAACGUCCAAAAAAGGAUGGAAACCACUGUUGCCUGAAUGUCCAUCUCCACAAAAAAUAUCAAGUGAGGAUUCAGCUCAGUCAGAACAGAAUAUAAACACAGAGGAAGUGUCCAAAACCACUUUGGAAUCCAGGGAGAGGCAAAACACCUCUAGAUCAAGGUCCACUUCGUCAGAACCAUUACCUCAACGUGAAAGUUCUGUCUCAGAUGAUAAUGAGCAGUCUGAUCAUUCAAGAUCCCCAUCUCCAAGUCCAGCCAAAAAAGAGUUAAAACCCACCAAAAAAUCCAAGUCACCUGUCCAUAGGAAGCGCUCUAGGUCCGUUUCAUCCACCCAUAAGACACGAUCUAAAUCAAAGUCUGUUAGUGGUAGAGAAAGGUCUAAAUCUCCUGCAAGGAAACGAAAGUCUAGAUCUCCCUCACACAGCCGAAGAAAGAGGUCAAAAUCCAGAUCGCCUGUUCGAAGAAGACGAUCUCGCUCAAGAUCUAACACUCGCAGGGGAAAGUCAAGGUCUAAAUCUCGCACCAAGACCAAGCGCUCCAAGUCCAAAUCUCCCAAACGGAAACGAUCUAGAUCACCAGUGCGAAAAAGGCGAUCUAAAUCACACACUCCUGCUCGCAGGAAAAGGUCCAAGACUCCGGAAAAAAGCAAGAGAUCAAAAUCCCGUUCCCCCACCAGGAAGAGGCGGUCACGUUCUCGAUCAAAGUCACGGGCCAGACAUUCACGAUCCAAAAGAUCUCGAUCUGCCUCCCGACGAAGAAGGCCAGUGUUUCGAGGCCGUUCUUUCGACAGGAGAGAUAGAUGGAAACGAGAGCCAAGCCAUUCUCCUGUUCUCAUUCUCCGUAAAAGAAGGUCCACCUCGAGAACUCGUCGCAGCACUAGCAAGACACCACCACGCCUUACUGAACUAGACAAAGAUCAGCUGUUGGAGAUUGCCAAGGCUAAUGCUGCAGCAAUGUGCGCUAAAGCAGGGAUGCCCAUCCCAGAGAGCCUUAGGCCUAAGGCUAUCCUCCAAUUGCCUUUGCCAACUCCUACUCCAACCCCUCUGUCUUUGCCUCUGCCCCUGCCAGUUCCCAACUUGCCCAUGAACCUGCCGAUGGGCAUACCUGGUAUGCCUGCAAUGCCAAAUAUGCCUAUGAAUGCUGCAAUGGCAAGCAUGACAGCAGCAACCAUGACUGCAGCCCUGUCAAAUAUGGGAGCAUUGGCAGCCAUGCCCCCCAUGCCUCCACUGCCCACCAUUACCAACAAACCUCCUCCGGCACCCACACCUAAUCUGGCCAACAUCGAAGAAGUGAAGAGAAAAGUGGCGCAGCAGGCGAACAGCAUCAGUAUUAAAGAGUUUACAGAGAAAUGUAAGCAAAUCGCUGAAAGUAAGGAGGAGAUGAGCAUUGCAAGGCCACACAUUUCUGAUGAUGAAGACGAUGGAAACCGGUAACCAACUAUGCUGCUUCAUUACUGUAUUCCUGUCCAAGGCUAACAGCUGAAUGAGAAGUUUGGACGUCACUGGAUGGUAAUGGUCAGUAAAUCGCACAGACUAGACCAGUUCCAGUGUUUGGUGUUUUUCCUCAGCAGAUGUCAUCUCAUAGGCAGAAGAUUUGUUCUUCUCUCAGGAUAGAUCUACUAGACCAGAUCAUGGUGUCGUCUACAGGAGGAUUUUUUUUUCUUUAUAUAUAUAGGAAACAUUGACUGCUGUACUUCAUGAACAGUAUUUUCCUUACUGUGCAGUUAUGUGAUCUGGCUAACAGUUGAUGUGAAAACAUGAUUUUUUUUUUUUUUUGCCUGAUGUCUGCUGGAGGUUAAAAGUUGUAACCUGGUUUAAAAAAAAAAAAAAAAAAAACAUCCGUUUAAGUGGACCUACAUUUGUCAAACCCAUUUAGACUCCUUGUUUCCAGUGCUGAUUGGAGGAUCUCAGAAAGAAUUCAGAAGGGGCACACUAUUGAUUUUAGCAGAUUAGGAAAUGUACAGUACGGUUUUAUCUUGUAAUUUGAAUUAAUUGUGCUUUUGCCCAGUAGAAGCUUGUGUUGGGGUGCUUUGUUUAUGAUAUAUGUGGAAUUUUUAAUCAAAUUCAAGGCAGAGAUUGAUUUAAAAGACAAGAAUUGCAUAAUAUUAGUAUUGAAAACUAAAGCUGUUUAUUGUUGAGACACGUGUACUUUUUAUGCUAUACGGUUCAACGUGUAGCCUAGGUGUUCAUUUUCUUUAUUGUUAUGUUUUAUUCUCCUUAUUUUGUGGUUUUCUGCUUUUUUGUUUUGGUACUGCUUCAGUAGUGUUUGUAGAGAUGCUUGUGUCCAGUCAAUUUAAGGCUGAUAACUACAAGUUAGACACACUUAUUAUUUUCACUUUGGCCUCAGGCAAAAUUUUAACUGUUAAUUUAAAUUGCACAUGCUGUCUCGUCAAGCAUCAGAUUGAUCCUAGUGACUACAGUCUUGUAGACAAGUGUUACGCACACAAAACUAAUACACACCCAUAUGUGCUAUUUUCACUUGUCUGCCAACCCUAGGUGGGCAAUGGCAAUGAAAGUGUAUCUACCUUCAAACACUGGUGGUGUGUGCUCUUUGUGACUGUUGACACUCCCUCUCCCUGCAAUGGUUUAAUGCUAUACUUUUUGGACACACUGGAUUGUCUACAGAUGCUAAACUUGUUAAAAUGGAGUAAAUCAUAUUUCAUAAAUACCUGUACAAAAUGUACCUUUAUAUGAUUGGACACAACAUAAAAUGUUUAAGGUUUUGCUUAGAGAAAAGUGUACACAGAGGUUUAUGAUGCGAGUUAAAGAGUAAUUGUCUGCCAUUUACAGUCUACCCAAAGUUGUGACCAAAAUAUUUUAAUUUUUGGAAUUGAUUUCCAUUGUUAUACUUUACUACUGUAUGAAUAUGGGAAAAACAUCACUAUAACUGUGGAAACAGUGAGUAUUUACAACACUGGUCAAAAUGAGUGCUGAUAACAAGGCAGUGUGCUUUUGUAUCCUUUGUAUAGGCCCUAAAGUACCAUAACAUGUUGCUGAACAAGUGUAAUACCCACAAUUUUGAUUAAACAUUGCAGUUUGUCCUCCACCUUAAAUAAAGUUGCUUGCUUUGUACAUAAUGCAACCUUGAUUAUUAAAAUAAUUGACAAUGAAA